AUGAAGGCAGGUCAGUGCUGGCCUGCCUCCUGUUCCUACCCACUCACAAACUUCCAUCAGAAGUGUGUAUGUUCACUAAUAUGGUUCAGCGCGAUGGUUGUGGAAAUGCAAAUGGAUUCCAGUGGGGCUUUUGGGUAUAACUGGAUCGGUGUCAUUUCUGUCUGUGAGCACACAUUCAUGGGCGUGACUUCAUGAGGUUACAUGACCCACAUAUGACUGUGAAUGUGUGGCUAUGGGUGUGAGCGUAAAUGACUAUCAGGAGACGCCACCGUGGACCACGGCUGUCCUGAGCUUCUGUACCAUCAGCCCGUACGCCAGCCAUUCGCUAGCUCUCUCCCAUCUUCUCCAUCCAGGGCUUAGAAGCCCAUGGGGAAAUGGCAGUCCGGGCAGGGGGUUGGGUCACUGACAACAGGCCAAGAGUUAAAGAUCAGCAUCACAAGAUAAGCAAGGCAUCACCACCUGAGUCUGACUCACCUAGUGCCCGAGGCGAAGCUCAGCUAGAUAAAAGCUAGGGGAGCAGGGGAGAAAGGAAGGAAGGAAGGAAGAAACCUCCGGGCUGAGCACCAUGGAGGGGCUCUCCCCCACCAGCAGCCUCCUGCUGUUACUGUUGCUUCUGAGCCCAGCUCCUGAAGCAGCCUUGCCUCUGCCCUCCAGCACUAGCUGCUGUACUCAGCUCUAUAGACAACCACUCCCAAGCAGGCUGCUGAGGAGGAUUGUCCGCAUGGAACUGCAGGAGGCCGAUGGGGACUGUCACCUUCAGGCUGUCAUACUUCACCUGGCUCGGCGCAGUGUCUGUGUUCAUCCCCAGAACCGCAGCCUGGCUCGGUGGUUCGAACGCCAAGGGAAAAGGCUCCAGGGGACUGUACCCAGUUUAAAUCUGGUACUACAAAAGAAAAUGUACUCGCACCCCCAACAGCAAAACUAAUAAAGCAACAUUAGACGACACUCUCCAAAAA